GGUGGGUUGUUGGUGGUAGUGGCGGCGGCGGCGGCUGUGCUGAGGCGAGCGCUCGGCAUGCAGCGGGCAGGGGCGGCCACGCAGGAGGAGCAGAGAAGACGGCUCCAGGAGUACGUAGCAGCCAAAGAAAAGCUGAAAUGCCCGAGUGCAAAACCCCUUUUAAAGGACCGGAGGAAUCACCUGAAUCCACCCUUAGAACCAGUUUCUAAACUAGACCAUGUUGACAGGAACAAGAAGGAUGUUCUCAGAAACGUGGCGAUGGGUGCUCAGAGGGAUGGCAAGCUUGGUGCCAAAUCCACACAACACGCUGGCCAUGCUGCUCAGCAGAAGUCUUCAAAUAUAUCCCAGAGAGCGGCCGUGGUGCGUCUGGAGCAGCCGAGGAAGACUGCAAAGCUUCCUGUGGGGCUCGUGCCAAGCAUGAGCCACCCUACGCAGCCCAGAGGAAGGCUCCCAACUUCAACCUCUGGUCACCUAAAUCCAGAAAGGAGCAAGAAGCCUGCACAGGAGACUGUCACCGCUGCAGCACCUCAGACUGGAAGUGACCACCCCCCUCUUGGGGCACCUUGCUCCCUAAAUGAGGGUCUGCAGGACAGGCUGGUCUGCAACAAAGAAAACAUCCGAGCACAAACCUCUUCUACACGCUCUGUGCUGAACAGAGUUUUUCAGUCUGAUGGAAACAAUCUCGGGAACAAGAAAGUCUUGGCUCACGGGCAAAGCUCAGCCAUAACGUCAAGAGCCGUCACGGGCCCAAAGGGCAGAAUUAAUAACCGCCAGGCUAAGGAAGAUCUGAUUCAGGAUAAAUUCGGGAAAACCCUGCCAGGCUCAAAGAGCACAUCUCAAAAACUAAGUGUCAAAACUGAGCCGUUGCAGCCCCCUCGGUUACUUACUGCUUCUACUAAUUUGCUACAUAAAAAACCAGGGGCAAACCAGGAAAAAACUAAUAUGGCAGGGGAGCCCAAAGGAAAGCCACUUGGCAUACUUCCAGUGGGAAGUCUUAAGCACCACAGUAGACCCCCCCAAAUGAAAAGAUCUCCCAUAAAGCCUCCGGCCUCCAGCAGGCCCCAGGGGACCACAAACUUGAAAUCCAGCCUGAAACCGGGUGGCACGAUGCAAUGGCAAAGGCCCGUGGCUAAAGGGGAGGCAGGUAGGAAGGACGUGAAGGUGGUGCCUCCUGGACGCACAGCAGCGUCCCGAGUGACAGUCCCGCAAAACCAGUCUCGCAGCGCACACAGCUCCAAAACACAAGCUAUUGAGAGUGAUUUUAGGAGUAGGAGAGAGAGGCUUAAACCAGAGCUGCCAAAAGCAAGUGGAGUCCAGGCUAGGCGUGUUCCCAAGACCCCAUCGGCUGCGGAUCGUAAGAAACAGCUGGAGGAGUGGUUGGCAUCCAAAGGCAAGAUAUACAAGCGGCCACCUAUGACACUGCUUCAGAAAAAUGCAGUGAAGCUGUCCUGGAGAAAUGUCAAGGAGAAAGAGAAGCAAGAGAAACCAGAGCAGCUCUGCCUGGAGAAGAUCAACAACAUACUAACUGAGUGUCUGAAGCUCAUUGAGGAGGGUGUCCAGGCAGAGGAGCUCUCUGCAGUGCUCUCCCAUGUGCCCCAGGCAGAGAAAUUUGCCAAGUUCUGGAUCUGUAGAGCGAAACUCCUCGCACGGAGCGGCCCUUUUGAUGUGACGGGGUUGUACAAAGCAGCAGUCUGCGCUGGUGCUGUGCCGCUCCAGGAGCUCAGGGAAGUUGUCCUUGAUAUUUUGAAGGCUGCAGACCAAACAUCAGAAGGGGAAAAAGCUGAGCAGCCCGUUCCUUGGGAGCCUACAACGCCUUGCCUGAGUGAGAGGCAGCACGCGGCAGCCACUCCCUGCCUGACGGGGAGGUCUCUGACCAGCCUGCCCGUCUCAAUCAAGUUACAAGUUACGUCUGCAUCCAGAGGAAAGGAGUUGCUGGAACGCCAGGAGCUGAAAUUCCUGACUCCAGUGCGGCGCUCGCUGCGGAUAGAGCGGGCUGGGAGCCACUACCCAGAGAUGCUGAAGGACCAUGACCCUGUGGUGUCGUCCCUCAGUGAAAUCCUGGAUGCUGAGGAGGAGACUCAGUUCUUCUUCCGGAAAAACAAGGCUUUGCCAGAGGUGGCAGAGCUGGAGGGUUUGAGUUCGUACCCCUCGGAGUGCUGCUGAGGGAUUCCCAGUGGGGUACGGGCUGCUUGCUCCCCUGCGCUGCCUUGCAUGCACUCCACUGACUUCUCUUGUUGCCUCUCAGAUGUAAAUAUGUAGGGGUGGCAUAUAAUAAGCCUGUUUCAAAUAGAUAACCACUAUUGUAAACAUGUAAAAACUUGCA